CCACGUAAAGGAUUCGCGCUGCAUUCGAGUAAGCAAAAGCUCGUGUAAACAUGGAUUUGGUGACUUGGGUUCUUAUAGCGAUCACCUUCUCGUCGGUCUGGUUCCUUAGAACACGAUCCAGUCGGAAGGCUACUAACCUACCCCCGGGUCCUGCAGGGUUACCAGUCAUCGGCUAUGCCUGGGCCGUUUUUUACACAUUUCACAUCUUGUUCACCGAUCUAGCUAAGAAAUGGGGCGAUGUAUUCCACAUCAACAUCUUCGGACAGGACAUCAUCGUGUUGAACAGUGUAGAUGUGAUGAGGGAAGCCUACGCUUCUCAGGCCGUUUCCGAGGUGUUCUCCGGUAGACCUCCGCCGCCGCCAAGUACGGGUUUUAGUCCUGACAUCAAUGCCACCACGUCGUUCCUGCCGCCGUCUCCACUGUGGGUGAAGCAGAGGAAACUUCUGUACAAAAUCUUGAGUAUGUAUGGGGACGGUGUCCAGUCCAUGGAGAACACAGUACAUGACGAGCUCCAACACGUGGUAGACUGGCUGAAGAAUCGAGGAGGAAAACCUGUCAAUAUGGACGAAGUUUUCCACCCUUCGCUGAUCAAUAUUUUGACCAUUCUGUUGACAGGAAAACGACACGAAUAUGGCGCCCCGAUAUUAAAGAACGCGCAGGUAAUGGACGACUCAGCGGCUGUGGCAGCCUCCGCACGAUAUGCUGUGCUCUUCACUAUAUUUCCAUUCUUAAAGUACAUUCCGUAUGGACCAGGACGUGUUGCCAUAGCAUUACGGAAGUCCACAGAACAGUUCUUUAAGGAUUACUAUGACGCAUCAAAGGCUACCUGUGACCCGACGGUGACCAGAGGGAUGAUAGACUACCUACUCCACUACCAGGAAGAGCUCCGAGAUGCGGGGGACGAGGUGUGGCUGAAAGACACGUCCAUCAGAGCUACUAUCCAGGAAGUUAUCGGGGCAGGUUCUAUAACAACUCUCGGGUCUCUAAAUUCGUUUUUCCUCAUCAUCGCUAAACACCCGGAUGUGGCCAAGAAGAUUCAGGAGGAGAUAGAUGCCGUGAUUGGCCAGGACAGGCUCUCUAGUCUGAAGGACCGAACGAACAUGCCCUACACCAUGGCCGCCAUCUUUGAGUUGCUAAGGUACAUUUCGCACGUGCCUCUUGGCGUGCCACGCUUGACGACGGAUGACGUCAUAUUCAGAGGAUAUUUAAUUCCUGCAAAUAUCACGGUUAUGACUAACAUGUGGCUCAUUCACCAUGAUGAGAACAAUUGGAGCGCCCCCUGGGAGUUCAAACCUGAACGAUUUCUGGAUCAGCAGGGACAACUUGUCACUGCCGAGAGCCCUAAGAGAAAAGCCCUCAUGCCGUUCGGGAUAGGACGCCGUUCCUGUGUCGGUGAGACGUUCGCGAGAUCCCGGAUCUUCCUCUACAUCACGACCUUGUUACAGUCGUUCAACUUCAGCCCUGAUCCCAACUCUCCUUUGCCUUCCUGUGACCCCCGAGACUUCAAACCGGGCCUUAUCAUCAAGCCUUUGCCCUAUAGACUUAGGGUCACCGAGAGGAAAUGAGCACCACUGGUGUCAAUUAGCCAUCUGUUUUUUUAGCUGAUGACGGUAAAUUUUGUAGAUUUUGUUACUAUAAAUGUGAACAACCCCAAACUUUUAAGGACAUUACUUUGUACAUAUGUCACCAACAACCCGAGGCUUUCAAGCGCAUGGCUUGGUCAUCUGUCACCAACAACCCGGGGCUUUCAAGUGCACGGCUUGGCCACAUUGCACUAACAACCAAGUUUUCAAGCACAUAUACUGACGUAUACUCUGUAAGUCAGCAAGCUGUCAGUAUGACUUAAAACACAAAAUACAAAACAUCAAGAAAAGCAAGCAAUCACGAGUUUAUUCUAUAAAAUAGAAAAGCAAAAUACUUACACUUUGCAUUUUCACAGCACUUGAGGCACAAAGUGUAAAUAUUAAUGAUGUUCCGAUCACAAUAACUGUCUGUAUCCUUUGCAUUAUGGUUACGCAUUGCGACUCGAAUUGAAAAUUUUUAACUUUUCACCGUUUUAAUGGGAUCAAACAUAAACCUUGGUUCUACGCUGUAAACUGCAACAAACAC